AUGAUAUGUCUGGUAUUGUUAUCCUCGUUAUCACUUCUCUUAAACAAUGCAGUAUGUAUAUUUAAUUUUGGAGGUAAAUCCUCAAGUUUGAAGUUUUAUAAACAACUAGAACAGAUACCAAUUUACUAUCUAAAAGAUAAAAGGGGCAAUGUGGUAAAGAAUGUCUACAACACCUUAGUCAAAGGGACUGUUAGUUCAAAUGCCUGGUCUCCGAGUAGAUAUAGGAACCCGAAUAAAGUUGUGGAAUGGGAUGUAAGUAUCGAUUCCGUGCCUGCUAGUAUUAUACCUCUAUUUGCCGAAGAAAAACUAGCCCAAGCCUAUGCCCAGCAUCUUGGCGAAGGAUCUCAAGUUGUAAAGGCGUCACUGGCUGACUAUUUGAGGUGGUCUGAAGAAUUUUCUGGAGACACGUGUAUACUAUUGCCACACAGGGAAUCACUAGAUUUAUGUACCAAAGGUACCGGGUUUUCUGGUACUCCAAUAUUUAUCACAAACCCGCCAAUUACAGUUAGCGUCAAGGGUAAACCAAAGGGUUACGCAUUCUUCAUAUCUCCUUUCUAUGCAUUGGAAAUAUUAGACAUUAUCAUGCGUGGAGAAACAGUUACAAUCGAUGAGAAGAGGCUAUCUUUGGAAUUUUACCCUAGCUUUACUGAUAGAAUUAAAUCAUUUCUAGGAUUUUCACAAACUCAGCUUAAUGGAUUUCACUCAAAACACUUUACAGCUGUAAACAGUAAGAUGUAUGCCAUUAGCCUCGAGCUACUGUCUUCACUAGUGUACAACUAUCCAGAAUUGGGUAAUAAUGUUGUAAUUAUUACAAACAACCGCUAG